AUGGGAAGCAUUACAUUAUCAUCAUCGUCAACUUUGCUUGCCACUCUGUAUCUUCUAUUCAUCGUAACAAUCACUACCGCUGACCAGAUCUUUAUCGAUGAGCCUCCAGCUAAUGGCAUCUUUCAAGUCAAUUCCCCUAUGGAUAUCCGGUAUCACAUACGUAAGAACGGCAUGGCAGGACUCGGAUCUACAACUGUGAACAUCAUCAACGCCGAUACGCACGAGCUUGUCACAGAUCUAUCUAAUGCAACGUGGAAGCCCAACAACAAGGAUUUGUCGGUGAAGAGCGUAUGGUAUAUUCCCCAAGACUUAAGUAAUGGUACCUAUACGCUGCGCGUAUCUGGCACGUAA